AGUAGACAGGAAGAUGAAACUAGAAAUAUGGUGGCUGUGAUGGGACAUUUUCACCAAUGUACACCACAACAGUUUAAACAUGCAGCUGCUGGCAGUCAGUGCACUAGCAUCUGCGUUACAGCUAUUGUAGCAGCAGCCCUGAGAGCUGUAAAUGACUGGAACUCUGAUUUCAUAGACGAAGUUCUUGUUGGAGGUGAUCAACUUCAUUUAGAUAUUCUUCAGAAGAAAGGCUGGCCAUUCAACAGAUAUGAAUCAAGGCUUGAUAUUGAUGAGAUACCGGAUACAAUUCAGUGUCGAAUUGGCAUGACUGGUAUAAAAGCAAGUGUUGGAGUUCUUGAAGAAGGUUCAUUUGGAUAUUCUUCAUAUAUUGACACUUUGGUAACAUCUGCUUUGGUUAACAAACCAAACCAAAGUUUUAUUCUCAGAAUGUUUGGCUCAAGCAUAGCAAUCUUAUGCACUGGGCAUCAAAAGUAUUCUAUUUUCGACCCACAUGCACGAAACCAAAAUGGCUUCAUUGAUGCAAACGGACUUGCAGGUCUUUUUCAUUUUAGAGAUUCCUCAGAGAUGGUAGCUUAUCUUAAGCAUAUCUCUGCAGGCAGGAAUGAACAAAUUGAUAUUUACCCAAUAUUAGUAAAUAUAUUAUGGAAAAGUUUGAUGAAUUAUGCUGAAGACUCCACUGUUCCUGAGGUCACAUGUUCUACACCAACAGAUAUGCAUGAUGAGAGACAGGAAACCUCAGAAGAUUUAUUGAACAUUCCACCUGUCAAAGCUUACUCACCAGGAGAAAGUGACCAUGAUUCUGAAAUUCCUGCCCCAAUGACACCUUUGCAGAAAGAACCAGCUAAAAACAAUUCUGCUAAAAGUGCCAAACCCAAAAGACCUUGCCCUUUCUGUGGUGAGAUGAAAGGCCGAUUAACUGACCAUCUGAAAGCUAAGCAUAAAAAUGAAGAACAAGUUAAAAAUGCAUUACAAUUACCUAAACACUUGAGGAAUAGAGCAUUUGAUGAAAUGAAAAAAGAGGGUAUUUUCAAGGCUAACAGUGAAAUGAUAAAAAGUGGGGAUCUUGAGGUAUCAAAACUUAUUAGAGAAAGAAAUCAAGGUAAUCCGUCCUCAUUGAAAAUGUGCUCAGUGUGUAAAGGGUUUUUCAACGCUAAAGUCAUAUAUAAGCACAAAAGAACUUGUGUGGCAGCUGAAGGUUCAGCAGUUUCACCAUUAUCACUCUCUAUGAGAUGCUUGACUGAAGAUGAUAAAUAUCCUAAAGAAUAUACACAAGAGAUUUUGGAGAGCUUUAGAGAUACUGACUAUGGGGCAUUAAUACGAAAGGAUGAUUGGAUAAAAAGAUAUGGUUUCCAUUUGUAUCAAAAUAUUCAAGGGAGCAUUAAGAAAGUGGAGAAAAGAUUAUCUUUGAAUUCAAAGUUGAGAAGGCUGGCUCAUCUUUUCUUGGCAUUUAAAAAGAUUUUUGAAGAGAAAAGAAAGAGACAAGUUAAAAGCUGCAGUGAGAUGUUCAGUAGAAACCAUAUUGUUGAGCUACAAGAAGCAAUACUGAAGAUGACUGUGGAUGAAAAUGCAAAAAAAGUAAAAAACUCAUUGAAAGUGAAUCUUAAAUAUCUUUUAAAUGAUGUCUGUGAGGUGAUGCAGGCAAGUUAUCUAAUUGAAGGGGAAGAUGAUUUGGCAGCAGAAUUGGGAAAAUUUGUAGUGAUUUCUCGUCAACUUUGGCCUUCAUUUUUCAAAAAUGCAGAGGAAUCAGUUGCAACACAACGUCAGGCUGAAUUAAGAGCACCUAUUAACCUUCCUGUUAGACAUGAUCUUUUUAAGCUCAGGGAUUACACAAAGCAGUUAAUUAAAAAAUUGACUGGUGAUGGAUAUUCUUUGUAUGAGAAUGCAGAGUUUUGCAAACUGAGGGAUGCACUUGUUUGCAGACUUACCAUAUUUAAUGCACGGAGAGGAGGAGAACCAAGCAGGAUGCUGUUAUCAGAGUUAUCUGAUGCCUUGAAUGACAAAUGGAUUGACCAGUACAAGAAAGAAAAUUUGCAGUUUGAAACUGAAAGACAGCUUUUUGGUGAAACAAAAAUUGCAUACAUUCAUGCCUCAAAAGUUGCAAGACUUGUACCUGUUAUAAUCCCUAAAGAUUGUUGGAAGGCACUAAAUAUCAUAACAGAUGAUGAAGUUAGAAAAACAGCAGGAGUCAAUCAAAGGAAUGAGUUUGUUUUUCCAAAUACAAAAACCUCUAUGAGUCAUGUGAUAGGAUGGGAUUGCGUACACAGAAUGUGUCAAGAAGCAGGACUUCAACGCAGCCUUAAUGCCACUGGGAUGCGUCACUUUAUUGCAACAGAGUAUGCUGCAUUGGAUGUUGCCCCAAGAGAUCGAGAGAUAUUCUACAAACAUAUGGGACACUCCGAAAAAAUUAAUGAAAAUAUUUAUCAAUGCCCCCCAGCACUGAGGGAAAUUACACAUGUUGGACGGGUUCUUCAACAAGUGGAUAUGAUGGAGGAUUGUGAAGGUACCUUAAAUUUGCAGGAUCAAAAUAUCACUGAUGUUGAUCUUGAUGCUCUAGAAGAAUUUAUAGGCCUAGUAGCAGAGGACAUUCCAUUUUGUCAGUUGCUGGAUUUUUCAAAGCAAAUACAGGAGGAGGAUGUAGCUGUGAGGCCAGAAACUUUGAUGCAAAGCAAAAGUCUACUUUUGAAUAAGAAAUUGCAAGAUUGUGCCAAACAAUUCUUUACAGAAGAUGCCUGGCUUGCUGUUAAGACGACACUGCAAAUGCUUGGAGGUAGAUUCCUUAGCAUGCUUAAUUUAUAUUAG